AUGUCAUCGAACGACUUGGUUGGAAGAAAAUUUGUGGAACGUCCGGAUGUGAGUAAAAUCAGAACUGCAGAGAAAUUGAAUGCAAAAUUGAGGACUUAUGGUGGUGGUCAUCAAAAGAAUAACUUGUUGAGCUUUUACUUACAUUGCGUGCACCAAAAGGUGGUAAGUGAUCUCGACGACACAGAGAAAACGAUCUCUGGGUAUCAAAUCAACAAGGAUGUGGUCAACGCGGAUACGAUCAACAAGGAUACAAUCAGAAAGCUGCUGGGAAGUAUCAUUGGAAAUUGA